GGUAGAAGCGAUGCGGGAUGGGAUAAAGAUUCUCUCCUUCUUUCUUCUAAGCUUGAAAGCCGAAUAUCUGUUUUAUCUCCCGAAGCUACUGCCUAAGGAAAGGAAAGCGAGGAUACUCCACUCCAAAGUGCAUAGAAACUUUCGUUCGGGUUAACCUAAUAUAAUAGAGCAAAUACCGACAACAGCUCCUGCAGUGCAGCUAAAAUCGAUGCGUCUAGGUAGGGGAAGGAGAGAGAGCUAAAGAGGCAUGAAGGAAGCAACUAGUCCCUUCUUUCUUGCCGAAGCUUAACGAAGGCCGACCACUACAUAGAGAGUACAAGCCCCCUACUUCUGGGGGAAAGGGGCAAGCCAAAACCUACCCCUAACAAGAAAAAAAGGCUUUUUUUUGGAGCGGACUACUUUAGGGCUUAUGUAAUAUAUAAAGAAGAGCCCUCUGUUGGCCUUUUUGUUUAAGGGCUGCUCGCCAUUUUCAUAGAAGGAAGUGGGAUAGUAGAGGUGAUUUUGGUAAACCAAUGCAUGAGCUGAGGCACCAAUGUCCCGCCGACCUUCGAAAAAGUAAGGUCGUAAAACGACUCAUAGAUAGUAAAAGUCGGGUCUCACAUAAGCAGAGGGGGAGACACAUUCAUGAAAAGCGAGAAAGCGUCCCGUGGGGGACUGACAAAGUAUUCGUAGAUCUUACUUAGGGGUAAGAGUAGGAACAUUUAUUAGUCCGUAUCGUGGGUCUACUUGUUACAAAAGGCGAACAUCCCCAUUCCAAAACAUUCACAUAGGUCCUCAGGCAGACAUCAAAAAGGGGACGAAAAGAGUCUAUUUACUUUUUUAUUUUUUACAAUAUUACGGAAUGUAUCAUGGCUCUAUCUAUUCAUCUUAAAAAAAUAAAAGAGUUCUGCAUCUCUCUCUCCGGGGCUGGGGGAACAAAUAGGCGUGGGGAAGAGGGAGAGGGGGGGGGCUACGAGCCCUCUCCCGUUGUUUGUUGGUCCUGCCCAUACCUUCCUUCCCCUUCUUAGGCCCGGUGAGGUCCGACGAGAUCAUAUUUUUAUCACGAAGAAGUGAUAGGAAGAGAAUACUGCUGGCGGUAGAUCUCUAUUCAUUACACUCCCUUAUAUAGUAAGGUGAAACCGAAAGUGCGCUCCUGCGCAUCAGCUGAUGAAAAAACGACCUAUGGGUGAAGAGCGAAAGGAAGCUUACCCUAUUAUUAAACAAGGGGUUAGUAAAAGGUUCCAAACCUAUCUUACUAAUAAUAAUCAAGGGGCAAGCCAAAACCUACUCCUAACAAGUUUCUGGAUCGAAGUAGGACAUUCUCCAUCCGCCGCCCGCAGCAGCAGAGGGGGUUCGAUUCCCGUUAUACGCGAUGUGGCUAAAAAGACUGAAAAAAAAGAUUUCCUUGCCUGCAUUAAGAUUUAAAACUUGUCGUCUACUUUCAGGAAAUGUUUGGAACGGAGAACUUACAAUAAUACAACGCCGCAUUCUCCGAAGAUUGAGAAACAAGAAGAGAUCUAUUAAGAGAAAGAUUUAUCCGAGAGAAAAUCUUAACAGUUACAUCCAAUUACAAACUACACGAAAGUUGCCCCUUUUUCAUGGGGAUUUACCCAUCACAGAGAUGCACAGAGGAACAAAACGAACUGAAUAUAUUUCUUUUCUACUCAAUCCAGAAACAAGAUCGGACGUUAUUCCGGUUCGUCUCCAUUUUUGUGAAACUAUUCCUCAAGCAAGGCAGCCGAUAAGUCAUCGAAGGGUUUGUGUGAAUAAUGGAAUAGUUAGCAUUACUCAUUUUAAAGUGUCUCACGGUGAUAUAAUAUCUUUUCAAUCAAAUGAUGCGAGAACCCGCGGUGAAGAAAUAAGAAGAUCUUUCUAUAUCGAAAUAUCAGUUGAAAAAAUAAUAGGAAAAUUCCUGGAUCACCCGGUCAGAAUGUGGAAAAGAACCAAAACAGAAUGGUUCCGCCUAGUCAAAACUAAGAGGGGAUGCCACCUACUACUAUUUGAUCGGUUUUUGCAACAGUUGCGUUCUUCUAUGCAAGAAUCAGACUUAGAAAUUGGAUCCGAAAAAGUCUGUUUAGGCAGUUUCUUCGCUGAGCACAACAGAAUGAAGAGGAAUUUGUAUCAUUUCAAAUCCCUAUUCUUAUCAAAGAGAAGGAACAAGAAAAACCGAAAUAUCCCUACUCGAAGAAAAAGUCCUAUAGUUUACAACUCUUCUUUAUAUAGUAAUUCGACCUAUUGCUCCGCAUCCCCCCAUCAGUUUAAUAUGAAGAGAAAAAAAAAAAGGAUCGAACUACCUACUCAUUAUUCGGAGGUGAAUCAUAGAACACUAAAAGCUGUGGUAUCUUAUGGACCUAACAUAGGUCACAUCCCUCACGACAUAAGAUUGAAAGAUCCAAACCUUCCUCUUCGUAGCGGGAACGGACGUGGUCAAAACAUAUAAAGAUUGGCUCGCUCAUAAGGACAUAUCUAUCCAUGAAUUGAUCUAGACGCACCUCUAUCCGGAUAGAUAUGUCCCCAUAUAGAUAGGUAUGUAUCUCCGUGGAUAGAGAUAAAGAUAGGGAUCCAUCUAGAUCUUGAUUCACUAUUUUCUUUUU